UCAUCCAGUCAAGUCGUGAAUAGUCUCACUAUGCACAUGUUUGAUCAGGUCGGUUGCUUUUCCACAGUUCAAGCAAUUAUUUCCAUUUCCCUCAAAUGUCAUUCUUUUGCUUUAUGCUAAUGUUAUGAUGUUAUGACUUAUAACACUUGUUGUCAGGAGGAUAUUCCUAUAUUUAGAUGCUAACAUUUGAGAGCAUAUUUGAAUAUUUGCAUAGCUUGACAUGGAGCUAAUUCUGUCUUAGGAUAAUCAUGAUACACUUGGCACAUGCUGACUUAUCUGAGGGGUACCUGUACUCACUCGCAUGUUAUAAUUUCGUGCAGGGAAUUGAUACCUGUUCAGUUAGCUCUUCAUGACUCGCACAUCUACGUUUGAUCUAUAUAUGUAAUAAGAAUUGUGCGAGAAGUUGAUGAAUGGAUGUAAGCAAGGGCCUCUGCUGAUUGUGUAGCAAUCUUCAGUCGAAGAUCCAAGGGGAUUAUUGAUUUACGAUCAUUGCUGUGAAGGAACUCAAAGAGGGUACCAUUCGAUAUGAACUCAUACACCAACAUCGGCACAUCUACCUCCAAGCAGCAACCGAGUAACCUCACGAUGUUCCUAUGGUUAAUCUGUGACAAUAUUAUUAUCUCAUUUACAAAUUCUUCUCUGCAGUCGUCGUUGAUUACUUUGGACUUCUUUAUGGCAACUUCUUUGUCAUCAUGUAAAGUUCCUCUAUAAACCAUUCCAUGACCCCCACAGCCAAGAACUCGAUCGUUGCUGUAGUUUUCUGUGGCUUUCUUGACCUCUUUCUCUGUAAGUAUAUGAAAGGUGUCCACUUGCCUUGAUCUCAUCUCAUCAUAUAACUUCAGUCCUCCAUUUUGUUUAAAAUACUCAUCCUUCUCCUUCCUGUGCUUUCUUCUUUGCCAUUUCAUAGCCAACAGGCAUGCUAAUGCUAUCACCAUAACUGAGGAAACACUGAGGCCUGCAGAAUGAUUGUUGAGAUGCUUUAACUCAUCAAAAGCAUGUAAAUGCACCUUAGAUAAACAAAGAGAAUACUCUCCGGGAGUAAAUGAUGAUCCGUGUGCAGAUGCACUGAAGUGAUACCCUGGAGGUUGAAUGGUGAAGCCCCCUGACCAGAAAAAAUGAACUGUUUACACGCAUGCUGACGAGUGUGAGCCUAGCUUCAGUUCGGUUGGGCCUUGGAAGCCGAAUAUGCAUGCAAGCAUCAGACCUGGUCCCAGACUAUCCUAUCUAGCUCCAAACAGGUACUGAACGGUCCUCAUAAGCUAAUGUUAGUAAAUUUUGGAGCAUGUGGUUUCUUCACAAUUUCUGGGAAUUGAACUGGUUGAAGUGUCUAAUUUAUAAUUCUUGCAUAAGAAAAUUCGUCUUGAAGACUUCAGAGCUAUACCGUGUAGAGCUAUACAACGUAUGCUAUUUUACUUCUGAUUUUCUGAAAACACACACAUAUAUAUUCUAGCAUGUAGCUACGUUGUGUGGGGUUUACCCUAGUUAUAUGAUGGGCACGAUCCGAGUUAACUAGAUAAUUCAUACCUCGGAUAAUAGUAAUAAUAACCAAAACUAGACUUUUUAUGGCACAAACAGAUACAUAAUACCAGUAAUUCAGUAUUAUGGUAUUCUGCUACAACUUCUAUCCAGAUGUGCUUAAUUGGGACGCCUAAGACAAAGUUCUACCUCCUGUCGUUUUAGCCCGUUGUACGUCACUGCAUGCAUCUAAGUAGUAAAUUCUGACAUCUAACAAGAGAAUUAUUCGCAUUAGACUGAGGCUUUGACUCACUAUUUAGGGGAAAAAUGGCAACACCUUGCACAUAGACUUUACUUGGGGUGAGGUCAAUACUUGACUAGGACAAACCACCACCUACUACCUAGCUAGUCAAACCGUUUUAACAUACAUACACCAGCUCAUCUCGAAAAAACAAAAGAAAAAGGUUGGACAUAUCAACCAUCAUACUGCAACGUGGAUUUAGACUUUUACUUGAUCGGAAUUCACCUUUGAAUACUUGAGUUGAUGUGACUGUAUCUGUUGUAUAGGCCGAGUCUGAUUGCGUAGUAUGCUAAGGCGCAAUUUAUCUCAUAAAAGGAGAAGCAUGGGCCUCAGCACACUCAACACAGUCGCCAAAUUAAGCAAGUGAUGGCGUGAGCCAUGCAUCUAACCUUGCAGCAGCAAACACCAACUCUGGUGUGGUGAUGUGCCCAUCCCUUACCCCUUUGGCAUUGGCGCACAGUGUGCCGCGGUCAGCCUCAGCAGCUUCUUCAAUCUUGACUGCAAAAACACCUCCCACCCGCUGCAGCCGACGGUUGGGGGGCCAGCCGAUGUGGCCGUCAUCGUUGCUGAUAUUUCGCUGGAGCGCGGCGAGAUGAGGGUGCUCAUCCCUGUUAGCUACAUCUGCUUCACAUCAAGUGCAACCGUAUCGGCGAGCAAUAACGACACCGUGGGGUUCGGCCUGGAGGACACGCCGUUCCUCCCAUCCCCUGGGCGCAACCGCUUUACGGUUAUUGGCUGCAAUACCCUGGGUCUUGUUGGUGGUUUCCGCGGAGGCACGAGCCAGUACCUCGCUGGCUGCUACUCCUACUGCGAUGGUGCCAGUGGUGCGUCGGACGACGGAGCACCAUGCACUGGGACGGGCUGCUGUGAGGCAUCCAUCCCGACCAACCUCACCGCCUUCAAUGUGGCGUUCCCGAUUAACAGUAGCAGUGUGUGGGGAUUCAAUCCAUGCUUCUAUGCCAUGGUCGCCGAGGUCGGACGGUACAGGUUCCAGCGCCGUGACCUCGCUGGCGAGCUUGGGUUCAUCAACAACAGGGCAAAGGAUGGUGCACCUGUCAUCGUGAACUGGGCGGUUAGGAACGGAUCAUGCCUGGAGCAAAGAAACCACGCAUGUGCCAGUGCAAACAGUUACUGCGAGAGUGCGAGUAACGGACCUGGGUACUUGUGCCAUUGCUCCCCUGGUUACCAGGGUAACGCCUACCUCAACAACGGUUGUCAAGAUAUAGAUGAAUGCAUGCUGCGUGAGCAGGACCCCAAAUACGAGGAGUCGUAUCCUUGCAGGAACGGAGUCUGUCUUAACACUCCGGGAGGCUAUGAUUGUAAAUGCAACAAAAGAACCAAGUCUGAUGGCACAAAAUUCGGGUGUCGACCUCUGUAUUCUCGAGAUGAACAGCUAUUAAUAGGCCUGGGCGUUUCUGCCGUUGUGAUAAUAUCCUCGGCAUGCUUUUUGGCUAUGCAAUUACAAAGGAAAAAGCACAAGAAGGAGAAAGACGAGUAUUUCAAACAAAAUGGAGGGCUCAUGUUAUAUGAUGAGAUGAGGUCAAGGCAGGUUGACACGGUCCGCAUACUCACAGAAAAGGAGAUCAAGAUAGCCACUGACAACUACAACGAAGAUCGAGUGCUUGGAUGUGGCGGCCAUGGAAUGGUCUACAAGGGUACUUUGGAUGACCUCAGAGAGGUUGCUAUAAAGAAGUCCAAAGUGAUCAAUGAUGAUUGCAGGGACGAGUUUGUAAAUGAGAUCAUAAUCUUGUCGCAGAUCAACCACCGGAACAUCGUGAGGUUAUUAGGCUGUUGCCUGGAUAUAGAUGUCCCAGUGUUGGUAUAUGAGUUCGUCUCCAACGGGACACUAUAUGAAUUUCUUCACGGCAGUGCUGAUCACAAUCUGUCACCAAUUCCACUGGACCUUCGCCUGAAGAUUGCGACACAGUCAGCAGAAGCUCUUGCUUACCUGCACUCGUCGACAUCCCGCACAAUUUUGCACGGGGAUGUCAAAUCCGCCAACAUUCUGCUCGACGAUCAGCGCCACGCCAAGGUUGCAGACUUCGGAGCAUCGGCGCUCAAGUCCAUGGACGAAAGCGAGUUCAUCAUGCUCGUCCAGGGAACCCUCGGCUACCUCGACCCCGAGAGCUUCAUCAGCCAUGUCCUCACCGACAAGAGCGAUGUCUACAGCUUCGGGGUCGUUCUCCUUGAGCUGAUAACGAGGAAGAGGGCUCUCUAUGCCGAUAGCUCCUCCAAAGAGAAGAGAUCCUUGUCCCAUAGUUUUCUCCUGAUGUUCCACCAGAACAUGCACCUGAAGAUGCUCGACUCUGAGAUCGCAGAGGAUGCCGCCGCUAUGGUGGUCGUUGAGAAGCUCGCGGCCCUCGCCGUGCACUGCCUGAGCGCGAGAGGAGUCGACAGGCCGACGAUGAAGGAAGUCGCGGAGCGGCUGCAGGUGCUGUGCAGGAUUGAGAUGCAUCCGGCCGGUGAUGGUGACAACGAUGAUGUCUUAUGUGGGAGCUUGGAGACGUGAGAACUGGCGCUGGGCGUUUAUCUUCUUGUAUCGUUCCUACUUCGUACGAACAGUUCGUGUGUUUUGUGGGAUUAUUUGUAUGGUGUGUUUAUGUGAUACGUAUCUCUCCCUAAUUUUUUAUUUUUUAUUUUUUUAUUUUUUUAAUAAUAAAGCACGGAUUGGGUCUC